GUUGUCGUUGUUGCUUGCGGUCGUGAAAAUUUCAAUUCUUGCCAAAAAUUCAAAACCAAAUAAAAUAAAGAGCGCGUAACCAAGUGACGUGACGCUACAAAAGGAUUAACACUUCAAUUUUUUUAUUAAAUUUAUAGAGAAAACUUUAAAAACCUCAAGAUGAUGCUCGUUCAGCCCACACCCCAACAACGCAUCACCAUUCGCGAGGAACUGCGCGAACCCGAAAAUCAAUCGGACAUCGAUCGUGACAUCAAACUCAUACGCGAAUGGUUGGACACACAACCGCACCUGCCCAAGGAUAUGGAUGAUGGCCGUUUAGCUACAUUCUUGCGUGGCUGCAAAUUCAGCUUAGAGAAGGUGAAAAAGAAGCUGGACAUGUACUAUACUAUGCGCAAUGCUGUGCCGGAAUUUUUCGCCAAUCGUGAUAUUAAUCGACCUGAACUAGCCAUGGUGUUGGAUUAUUUACACUGCCCCACUCUGCCCGGCCUCACACCCAAUGGUCGCCGUAUUACUUUCGUGCGUGGCAUUGAUGUCGACUUCCAAGCGAACCACAUUAACGAUGCCGCCAAAGUGGCGCUCAUGAUCGGCGACAUUCGUCUGCUGGAGGAGAAAGUCGGCAUUGCUGGCGACAUUUUCAUUGUUGAUGCCACACUCGCUUCAGCUCAUCAUUUUGCCAAAUUCACGCCAACUGUGAUUAAGAAAUUCCUCAUUGCUGUGCAAGAGGCGUACCCAGUGAAGGUGAAAGAGGUACAUGUAUUCAACAUCUCGCCAUUGGUAGACACCAUCUUCAACUUUGUGCGUCCAUUUGUUAAGGAGAAGAUCCGCAACCGUAUCACCUUCCACAGCAACAUGGAAAGUUUGUACAAGGCGGUGCCACGCGAUUUGUUGCCCAACGAAUACGGCGGCAAAGCCGGUUCGGUAGUUGAAUUGAACCAACAGUGGAAGAAGAAGUUGGAAGAAUACACACCAUGGUUCAAGAGCCAAGAGGACAAAAAGGCCAACGAAGCUUUGCGUCCCGGCUCGCCGAAGACUACCGAUGAUCUGUUUGGCGUAGAGGGUACCUUCCGACAACUUAACAUUGAUUAGGUUGCUCGGCGGGCUGAUCAAAUUUACUCGUACUUGAGAUUAGUGCUAGGGUAGAACGGAUGUACGGAUACGGUUGCGUUCCGCGGCUUUCUCAUGCUUUCGCUUUGGAGCUAGCUGCUGCUUUUUUGUGCUCAAUUUCGUAUUAUAGCUUAAAUAAACCACUGACAUCGCUCCAUUUGUAUAAAUGACAUUCGCUUGUGUGUGGAUAGAAAUAUAAAUACAAAUAAAAAUAUUUUUAAAUGUCUACUUAUUUUUUAUCAUUAUUAUUGUUAUUGUUUUGUUAUUAUUAAU